UGGCCUCCGUCCCUAUCUCCUAGGGUGCUCCCUGAAACCUCCCCUUCCAGCCCACGCUGCCCACACGGCAGCAACAAUCCUGCAUGCCUGCAUGUACAGUACAAUGCCACCAUACACACGUCAUGCCGCCGCUCUCAGUCCAGCUCUCCUCCUAUGUGUGUAUCAAGUAUCAAUCAACCACCGCCUAUCCGUCCCGUCCGUCCCAUCUUCGAAAGCGCAGCCACCAGCACAGCAUACAUGUAGGCAUGGCAUGGCAUGCCAUGCCAUGGCAUGCCAUGGCAUUGCACGACGACACGGCACGAGGCACGCCACCAGCUGGACUGGAGGGACACUGACUCAACGACCGCCACACGCUCACUCACACACAUGAAUGAAUGCCAUUGCCGACACGAAAAAAAGAGGGCAGUGAAAGAAUACGCAGUGACAUGGGCGACGAUACAAAUACCGUGGCAGACAGACGAGACACGGACGGCCAGACAGACAGACAGGCAGACAGGCAGACAGGCAGACAGGCAGACAGGCAGACAGGCAGACAGGCAGGCAUGUCGUGCGUGUCAACUGUCAGCCUUCGCACCAGCCCGCCAUGCGAAACACACAUUGUCAAACAAGUAGGCCGUACUUAGGACGGUCCAGCCGGGACAGGCAGCCCUCGCUGAUGUGUAUGAAGAGACAUUCGAGAAGGCCCGGUCAGACAAUGGGGUCAAUCCAGUUGGGAUCAACAGCAGUGGCCGAGUCCGGCUGUGUCGUGGCCGAGUCGGGGCUGCGGAUGGGCAUGUCGGGUAUCAGAAUGAAGACCAGUGGGAUGGCGGUUGCAGGCAGAAUGAUAUGGGCCACCAGCACCAGAUAGGUGAGAUUGCGGAAGUUGCACGUGCUGUCGGCCUCGUUGCCCGUCUGGAUGGCGAAGGCCUCGAUCAGCCACACACCAAAGGCCCGGGAGGCAUUCAUGCCGAAGUUCAUGAAUGAUUGCAGGACCGCGUAUGACGUCGUGGCGCUGAGACAAAACGAGAGAAGAGACAUCACCGAACAAUGCCAUCUUCUCCUGUUGAUGUGACUUACGCGAGCGGCGAUGUGAGCUUGGAAAGGAGCAGGAUAGCAGGCAUCAGAUCCAACAUUUGGGUCAGGUUCAGCAGCAUCGCAUCACCACUAAACGAGGCAGUCCAUAUGGAGGCCACACAUACAUGUCUCUAUCCUUGGUUUGGCUCACAGGAUGAAUGCGGCCUUGUCGGGCAGGCCGAUCUUCAAAUUGACGCGCUCAAUGAUGAUCAGAUCCACACACGACACCAUGAUGCGCACUAAGGUCGUGAUCCAAAACGCCGAGCGAAAGCGCCAUUUGGUGAUGACAGUCUGGAAGAUGAGGAGCGCCAAUGCUGACGCCAGCGCCCCCACCAGUUGCGAGACUGUCUGGUAGUAGGUGAAGUCGAAGUUAGGUCCAUUCGGGACGCACGAGGGCCCCGCUGUGUACCAGAAGUCAAUCGCUCCAGGAAUUUGAACAUACAGCGCGACUAACGAGACAAAAGCAGAUGCAGCAGGUAUUGUGUCUCGUUUCUCAUAUCUUGUGUCUCCUCUGUCGCUCUCCGCUCUCUGACCAGACAAGAAAAAGUAGAGCUUGGAUGCGGCCUGUGCCGAGCUGAGUAGGGCGAAGGCGAUGACGCUGACGAUGAUCGCCACGAUGGCCGAAUAGAUCAGCUGCACCAUGGGAGACGAAAAUGCACCUACAAGAGACGAACAAACAGAUCAUGCAACACGCCUCGCCCAUGGCCCAUGGAAAGGUUUCCUCGUACCAACGAUGGCCAGCCCCAGAGCAGCCACACCACUGAUCGCCCCCAUAAGAAAGGUCUUCCAUUCGGCCCUCAACUUCGCCACCUGACGUGUCCAGCCAUCCAGCGUGUCAUGAGCUUGUGUGCUGAUAUGCAGACAUACCUGUAUGCGGCUGCCAUGUGGCGGGGGUAUUCUCUCUUCGGGCAGCCACCCCUUGAGGACAGGAUAGACGGACUGCAGCGACAUUGGCAGACACAGCCAAAACACCAAAUCCGGCCCUAAAAACAUGAAUUGGUGGCAGACAAAACACAGUGCCACAAGGCCCGCUGUUGCCAUUCCUUUGAAGGUGACGUACCGACGUUGUCGCUGAUCGGCCCGACCGAUGCGCUUGCGAUGAUAACACCACACGUAGCGAGGCCCCACACAUAGGUGACAAUCUCAGGCCUGCGCAGCGACACGCAUAGCCAGUGCGUCCAUGCCUGUGUCUCCCUGUCUGUGUGUCACCCUUCACCCGUCCACUUACCCGUGGUCGGGUCUGAGUGCCAUCAUUUCGGUGUACUUGCCGUCAGUCAGCAUGUCUUGCAGGGCACACUGAAUCUGACUGAAGAAGAAAAACGCCCCCACCGCCCACACGUGACGCUUGGCGCCUGCAAACAGACAAACAUACAUACCGCAAUAUGAAUGUUUGUUGGGAGGGACCACAUGGUGGAGGCGCUUUGUGUUCCGCUUCCACUCACUGUCGUGCGACAUGGUAGCGAGUCCGAGUAGGCCGAUGACCCCAAAAAUAUUCGAGAUGAACAUGUACCACUUGCCGUGGUAGCCGCCUAUGGGGAGGAUGUCAGUCAAGGCACCGAACAGACCUGAACAAAGGAAGACACGUCGACUGCCGACUCUGCUGUGCCCCUUCCAUCCUCCCUUUCUCUCUCUCGACUGGCUGACCCUUCAUGGCCCACGGGGUCCAACUUAUGGUCAUAUUGGUCUGGUACUGCACUCCAUCGAGCUUCAACUCUCUGAAGUAAGGCAGCUGCACCGUCUUGAGGUAGUGGUACAUGACGCCUUUGACCCCGAAAUGGAUGGACGCCAGAAUCCUGCGAACCACACCAAGUCACGCCAUCCCUCCCUCACCUUCGCUUCCCCCACAAGACCUCUCUCGUCGCUUCGCUUACCGCAGGAAGUCCCGUCCAUACUGAUCUUCAAGUUUUUGAUAGAAGGACCUGCCCGGCGUCCCGAAGCUCCAGCCGUGCUUGAGUAGACGGAGUUUGCUGUCGCGCCGAGGGAGAUGCGAUGUGGCGGUGGUGUCGAAGGCCGGUGACGGGACCGAAUCGGCUGACGGGAGCGGGGGAGUGCCACGCGGGGUGCCCACCAGCUCGGGGUCAGGCGCACUGGGGCUCUCCGUCUCGUCUGACGACAUUCUCUUUCGAGGAACGACCAGUGC